AUGAACGAUGGGAAGGGGGGGAGAGACGCGCGUGCGGGGCUGGAGGGAGGGGUGGAGUGGGCGAGGGGAGGGCGACGCGAACGAGGCGGAGGACUGACAUCGUCGGCGCGAACGCGCAGGUACGCGGGGAGAGGUGUGGGCGGGAGGGAAAGAAUCGACGAGAACGCGCUCGGGACGUUUAUGUUUCAGUGGGAAAGUGCGAACGCGGGCGCGAGCGUGUUCACGAGGGAGAAUAUCGAGGUCAUGCGCGCGCACGAGACGCUCGUCAUGGAGCGAUUCGAUGAGUUUUGUCAAGUCGAGUACGACGGCGAUACCGGAGCGCCCUUAGGGUGCGUCACGCCGCUCACGCCGUUGUCGUACUUUUAUGACGACCGAGGCAGGCUCGUGGACGACCCGGACGUCGUCGUGCGCGACAUCUUCGCUCGAAACUUGACCAAGUACCCGGUUGGCUCGCCGUUCAAAGGGUACGUCAGCGUAAGCGAUAGAAGGGAUGAACAAGAGGCGAUUCUCGCAUCUUUUCUCGAUCCCAUCGAAACCACGCUCUUUGAAAACUUUGGUAUGAAGGGUAACGUCGUCAGUUCGCCUUACAUGCGAUCGACAAGAAGAGGGUCGCUUAUCACGCGCUGGGACGCCGAGCUUCUUCGCCAGAGGGAUUCUGCGAGAGUGAUUUCGAGUGAUCUUGCAUGGGCGAUCGGAUCAAUCGCCGCCGUUUGGCUGUACGCCGUUUUAAAUACCGCGUCGAUAUUUGUCGCAACCGUUGGCAUGUUCGAAAUCCUAGUGUCUUUCCCGAUCGCAAUCAUGAUAUACCGGUGGAUAUUUCGCAUCGAAUACGUCGGCAGUAUACAGGCACUCUCCAUAUUCAUUUGUCUAGGCAUCGGGGCAGACGACGUCUUCGUGUACUGGGAUGCGUUCCGGCAGAGCGCUCACGAGAUUGCUGACUCAGGCGAUUCGCUGCACGAUAGACUCGUGCACAGCACUGGCAGGGCAUCCAAGGCGAUAUUCGUAACGUCACUAACCACCACAGGUGCGUUUCUGGCCACGGCAUGGUCUUCUAUUACUCCGCUCGCCGGGUUCGGUAUCCUUUCGGCGACCAUGAUUGCGGUACUCUUCGUGAUGAAUGUGCUACUGUUUCCGGCGACGCUCAUGAUUUACGCACGGUAUUUCGAUCACAUGAAGUGGCUGUGUCCAUCGCGUGAAGAGACGUGCAAUGAAGGUGCAAAACGCGCAAAGCUGAGCCGCAUAGAAAAUUUCUUUAAUGGACCGUUCUAUCGCACGAUUGAGCGUCCGGUGGUGCGCCUGGUCUUCAUCCCUGGUUUCAUCGCUAUCUUUAUCGUCGCAUCGCGGUUGUGCCUCCGUCUUGAGACGCCAUCAAUGCAAGAGAAGUGGUACGCGUCCUCGCAUCUUUCUCAACAGUUCAUCGAUCGGGAACAAUCGGCGUUCAUGCGAUCUGACGAUGACAUUGUCGUUCAUGUCGAUAUCUUUUGGGGCCUCGAAGGAGUCGACACAUCUGGCAUAAGUCGAUGGGAUCUCAACGCUCGCGGCAAACUUCUACUGGAAACGUCGUUUGACCUCUCAUCUGAGGCAUCGCAGGCGCACAUUUUCGAAUCAUGCUUGCGCAUCAGAGACGCACCGUGCUUCUUACCCGGGUGCAGGGAUGGCAAGUUGUCUCGAAACGUGGACUGUUUCAUGGAGGCGUUCCGGGACCACGUCGGCGCGGUCAAUUUCCCCGUGCCUCAGAGCGAGUUAGUUGAUAAAUUGUUGGAAUUUCGUGCUUCACCGAGCGGCUCACGUUUCGUGCAACAGAUGGGAUUUCGUCUCAACGACGUUUCUGGUGAAAUGGAAUUGUUCUUCAUCAAAGUGACCGCCAUAAGUACGCUGCAACUUCAAGCGCCCGCGAGCAUUUCACGCCUCGUGCACGACGAGUAUCAGAGCUUGGUCGACAAAUUGAACGAAGUCGCGCCACCGGGAGUUGCAAACGGUUUGCAGACGGCGUAUCUCGCGUGGACGUGGAUGCGUAUGCAAGAAACCUUGGUCGAAAACACGUUUCAAGGCAUCAGCAUAUGCUUUUGCAUGGCAUUUGUGAUUUUAACUCUAAGCACUGGCAAUGUACUCGUUGCGGCGAUAGCGUCGGUAGCCGUCGCCGGGACAGUGGUAUCAGUACUUGGCCUCGGUAUCUAUCAAGCGAUGGGAUGGGAUUUGGGCAUUCGAGAGACCAUUGCGGCCGUGAUUCUGAUAGGGCUAUCUGUAGAUUAUGGAAUUCAUAUCGGGAAUGCGUACGUGGAAGCGCCGAGUACUCUCAAGACGCGAGGCGAACGUGUACGAUACGCACUUACGACCAUGGGCGUUUCAAUCGUUGGCUCUGCCGCCACAACUGUGGCCUCAGGAAGCAUUCUUUGGCUCUGCACGUUGAUGUUCUUCUCAAAGUUUGCGUUUCUCAUAACGAGUACAAUUUUCUCAUCCAUCUGUUGGUCCAUAUUUUUCAUUCCUCUCGUGCUCGUCACGCUCGGACCCGAGGGCAAAGAUUGGUCGCUCACGACACUUUUUACCGGCGUGCGCGUUACUGCGUCUCGUGUCCAAACUUGUGGAGGCUCUCCUUGA